UUCCACACAUGAUCAUCUCCACUUCGGAGAUACUACAAGCUUUGACGAAUUUUUGCGGCCCACCGAUAAUUAUGGAUGCUAUCAGUCACGAAAUAGAUCGAAUCAAGGCGAUACUCACAAACCAGAUCCUUAAAACCUCAGACGAGUGUCUCCGGUUCGAGCUGCAGACGGCGCUGCAGUACGUGCGCCUGCGUCCGUUCCGAUACACGCUCUGCCGCGCGGUGCCGCUCGACAUCAACCUGCUGUUCACCACUGUUAGUAUCUGUAUCACAUACACCAUUGUAUUGUUGCAACUCAUACAUUUCUCUACGUAAUUUUUUGAUUAAUACAAUGAGUCCAAGCUUGAUAAUAAUUAUUGUUUUUGUGUUUCUUCUUAAUAAAUGAAUGGCAAAAACUUUA